GUGCUAUUAUAACGAAGUCAUAUUAGCACGUGUCAUUCGAUAUUUUCAUUCCUCGAUCUGAUUGGGGAUUGAGGAUUGAAACUGUUAAAAUAUUAAAUUAUAUUAGAAAUCAAUCCUAUCUUAAUAAUGCGAAUAUCGAACUCGUUUCUUUAUAAUCAGAUUAUCGUGAGAUAAUUUUAUUAGCGCGUAGUAUGCGGGUGUACAAGCGUAUAAAUUUUAUAGUUGUACGUAUCAUAAUAAUCUGAUAUCGAAACACACGAUUUAUACAUCUCACAUAGUCGACGCAACGAGAGAACAUGCAGAACGGAGUAGCGGUAAACAAGGAUGUACGCCAUCAACGGAAUCAAUAAACUCGUCCUAGUCAUAUGCACUCUGAUAUCUCGAUGGAACGAGAAAUAGAAAGGAAAUAGGACGCGGCCGAUCAACCGGGGAAAUAGGAGGAGAGGGGGUGGGUUGCCAGGGUGGGACAAGAUAGUGAAUGAGAAGAGGGGUGGAAAGAAGGGACGAAGGGUAUGAAUAGAGGGUGCGAAUACGUGGGCGUACGUUGGCUAGACAAGGAGAUCGGUAAAUCUUUGUGCUCUCCAGGAAAAAGAAAAUAGAGAAAAUGAUAGAGAGAGAGAGAGAACAAGAUUAUAAAGCAUGAUUCGAUGAGAAUGACAGAAGAGAAGGGAGAAAAAAAAACAGCAGGUGGAAUUGGCGAAACGGGAAAAUAUGUGCGCGCGCGUGCGUGGGCGCUCGACGAACGGGGGGAGAAAACAAGGGAAGCAGCGAGAGAGAAAGAGAGAUACACGCCGAGGGGAAAGACGUGAAGCGGGUAACUGAAGAAGGGGUAGGGAAGAUCGGAACUCUUUAGACGUCCACGGACCUGCUCGCGAGCCUCGUUCCCUCCCUUUAAGUUUCUCGCACGUUUUUUUCGCUCUAUCAUUUCUCCUGUUAGUUAGAUCACCUUCUCCGUGUGGAGAAUCCUGUAACGAGGAUCAUUCCAGGAUGGCCCACGCUGCGUCCGACAAUGUCAACGAGAAGAGCUAUAUCCUGGACGCGAGGAAGAAUUUCGAGGACGGUGGCAGUCUCGCAUCGGAAGAAUCCUACGAUGACAUGAGGCGACUAGUCGGGGAGGAGGAGGAGGAGGAAUCCGGCAAAUUUAGCAGCCUACCGCUCGCGAGCUUCAACUUCAUCAAUUCCAUCAUUGGCAGCGGCGUGAUAGGAAUACCGUACGCUCUACACCAGGCUGGCUUCGGUCUCGGCAUCGCUCUGUUAAUUUUGGUAGCAGCAUUGACCGAUUAUUCGUUGAUCCUCAUGGUGCGAAGCGGACAUAUUUGCGGCGAGAUGAGUUAUCAGGGUCUGAUGCGAGCGAGUUUUGGCCGCGCUGGAUUCUACAUUCUCACGGGACUGCAGUUUUUCUAUCCGUUCAUAGCAAUGGUCUCUUACAACGUCGUCGUCGGCGAUACAGUCACAAAAGUCCUGAUAAGGGUAACGGGGAUGAACGAGACAAGUAUCUUCGCGCAUCGACAAGUCGUCAUUCUUCUGGCGACCCUUGGCAUCACCAUUCCACUUUGUCUGUACAGAAAUGUCGCGCGAUUAGCGAAAAUCUCCUUCCUCUCUCUAGUCUGCGUCGGAUUCAUCCUUCUCGCCAUCUUCAUCCGGAUGGACAGCAUGUCCGCUAUGGUUCCAAGUCAGAACGACAGCUGGAGAUUCGCCAAUUUGCCGGGGGUCAUUCCGUCCGUCGGUAUAAUGGCGUUCGCCUUCAUGUGCCACCACAAUACCUUCCUAAUUUACGGCUCGAUCGAGCGGGCGACCCAACAAAAAUGGGACGUGGUGACACACUGGUCCCUCUUUACGUCUUUUCUGAUUGCCGCGACCUUUGGGAUCGUCGGCUACGCCACCUUCACGUCGUAUGUACAGGGCGAUCUCAUGGAAAACUAUUGCUGGGAUGACGACCUGAUGAACUUUGCCAGGGUCAUGUUCAGCGGCACUAUACUGCUCACUUUUCCGAUCGAGUGCUUCGUUACACGUGAGGUGCUUAUGACGGCGAUCAAGGGCACGGACGAAUUGGAGGGACACGAGGCAUAUGUACCCAAUUCGGACCGCAAGUACCUGAUAAUCACCUUGACGAUAGUAUCCGCGGCAUACCUGAUUUCCAUGUUGACGGAUUGCCUGGGCGUCGUCCUUGAGCUGAACGGUAUCCUCGCCGCGGUGCCGCUUGCCUACAUUCUACCCGGUCUCUGCUACCUCAAGCUCGAAGAGGGGCCCAUCCUCUCGCCCAAAAAGCUGCCGGCGCUCGGUCUGAUGACGGCCGGUAUCCUGGCCGCUAUCUCGGGUCUCCUGCUGCUUAUAAUCAACAGCAAUUCCUCCGGUAGCUGCUUUCACGGUAAAAUAAUGCCGUAUUGCGUCAACAAUACGACGAUGACGACGACGACGACGACGCUGCAGCUCCUCGACGUGACCACAAUGUCCAUCAACACAGAGUCUGCAGUCUAAGUUUGACAGACGAGCACGGUAAAAAAACCUUUAGUUUAAUUGUAAGUCUGCCAAAUUUUCGAAUGAAAGUAUAUAGCGCGAUUAAGUUAGCGCGUACAAAUAUGUGCAGAAAUAGUCCGAAUCAACAGGAUGCAAUCGGUAAUAUUCAAUCAUGGAUACAAAGUAAGACGACAAGUACGCAUGUAUAACGAUACCUAACCGACGAAGGAAAUCGGAAUUAUAUACAUAAUUUUGCUUUUGAAAGUUCCGAAACACGAGAUUUUGUACCAAGCUCGCAGGAAGAAGAGCCGAAAGACCAUUCAGCAUCGACGCAAGGCUUUAUCCGUGAAUGAAUAUACCGUUUCAACAUGAGACUUAUGAUACAUUACAUGGAAAAUAAAACUACGCAAACAAUUUACAAAUAGUUCCAAAGAGAAUAGCGAUUACGCAGCGUUCUGACCGACAAAUCUUACAUUACGGAGAUAUUUUACGAUGCGCUUAAUCUUAAUAAAACAAGCUUCAGUAUCUUGAGAUUUGAGAAUACACGGGACACAAAUUUAUGAAAAAAAAAACAAAAAACAGUACUUUACCAUUUACGUUAACGGAUCGGAGAUAUUUAAUUAUAUCGAAUUGUUUCCUCCACUCAUCUUCGCGAUGUCAUGGUGAGAUUGGGAGAUCAUAUCGAACACAUACUCGCAAUACGAAAUCAAUGCAAUACAGGAUUCGGCUUACAAGCGAGAAAUCCGAAAAUUGGCAAUAGAUGAUCGUUCUUUCUGCCAUUUAAUAAAAUAUAUAUAGUCCUCUGAAUGUUCAUCGUACGCAAAUUUAUCGAAUUAUGGAGUAAAAAUCAUAAUUUUUCAAUAUUUACAUAGUUGCGUGCAUACAAUGAGCUUGAAAUGUUCGCGAGUAAAGAUACUUGAUUAAUUUCUCGCGACGCAUAUUAUUAGAGAGACAGAAUUUUAACGUACCAAUCGCGAUGAUUAUCGAACUUCCGAUAUCAUUAUUAUUGAUAGAUGCGUAAAAUAUGAUUCUUAUAUCUAGUCCUAAUAAAGUUCCAAGAAAAAAUCUCCGUGGUUAUAUAAUGCGUGAAUUUUAAAUAAUAAUUAUCGUGAUUAGAUAAUUGUGAUUAGAUAACUAACGUAUAGAGAGAGAACGCGUAUAAGCUAAAAAUCUCAUUAUAUUUUUAAAAGAAUGUUGAACAGACAAACGGUUUAUAAACGAGGAUAUGUAUAUGUAUAUGUAUAUAUAUAUAUAUAACACAUAUAUACAUACAUCUGUAUACAUACACAUACAUAUUAUAUUUAUAUUUUCUCUUGUUAAGGGACUAAUGACUAAUAUAUUGAAUGUUGAAAAAUCAAGGGAUAUAUAAAUAUUUUAAAUGCUCAUAAAUGUGUGUGAUAAUUAUAGUUGAUGGCUUAAAAAGGUAUCGUAUUAUUUCAUCUCUCGCACAAUUUGCCUUAUCUUGCCUAAGAUUCUCGACACGCGUUAUAUUUUCUUGAAGGAAAAAAAGCAAUCAACGAUCAGUUUUAGUCUUUUACGAAAAGAACUUGUAGAAUCGUAUUUAAGAAUAUUUUCUCUUGCGCGUACAUAAGCUUUCUGGAUACAAUCAAAUAUUAUUUGCAAUGUGAAAAAAAUCAAAAAGAAUACAGAGAAAUAAAAUAGACUCUCGCGCUAGUACAAUCAUUGUUCAAAUUUCAUAUUCUUGUUUGCAAAAUUUAAAUGAUUAAGAUUAUACGGUGAAGACUUUAGAAUGUUGUGUUUUUAUAGCUUAGAGAAAGAGAAAGAGAAAGAGAGAGAGAGAGAGAGAGAGAGUUAAGAUAUCGAUAAUAUAAAAUCACACAAAGCCACAGUGAAAAUCACGACACAAUCACGAGGCGAAAGUAAGUUUCCGCUUCUUAAAUGACGCUUACAGACGUUCACACUGAUCAAAGACCACAUGUAAGAGGAAAGUAUUUACCGCGCAUGAUUCGCGUACCAUAGCGUGUAAGAAUCAAACAUGUUUACCUGUUUAGAAAUAUAUUUGAUGAAUCUAUAUAAAAAAAGAUUAUAAGAAAAGCCUAUUUAAGAUAAGAAAAAUUAUUAAAAGGGUCUAUAUAAAAUUGAUAUAUAUUAAAUGAAAGAGGGAUACAUCCCUCCCCCGUCCCUUUUGUCUCUCUCCCCCGAAAAAAGUGGAGUAUAUAUUAUCCGCGAAUGAAGAAUAUAACGCGCGCAACAGGAGACAAGAGGAUAUAUAAAGAUAGAUCCGUAUUUAAAAAAUAUAUAUCUUCAUAUAUAUUUAUAUGUGAAUUUGUGUGGUUCGCGUAUGCUAUCACGCACAUACACACACGCCGUUCCGUGAAAUGUUUGUAAGACAAAAAAGUAAAUGCCUCGUCGACAACAUGUGUUGUACGCAUUACGUUUUAAGUAAUUAUAUAUAUAUUUAUAUGUACGUGUGCGCAAUACUGGCAAUAUAUUCUUUGUACACAUGUAUGUAUACGUGUUUGGAUAUUUUUAAUCGUUGCGAGAUAACUAAACAUGUUUAGCAGAGCAUACAAAAGAAAAAGAGAGAAAGAGAGAGAGAGAGAGAGGUCUUGCACAAAAAACUAUUAUCAUCGUUUUUAAAAUCUUGCGAUCGUUUCAAGUUCCUGAGCUGAUCUCUCUCUUUUCAAUGUUCGCUCGCAUGUUUAACUUAAUGGUUCGAUAAAUAAUUAUGUGGUUGUGAGCUUUACGGUGUACACUCGCGCCGUUAUACUACGUAAUGACGUUAAAAUUAUCUUUAUUGAUUUAGAUACCAAAGCAAUUCGAACGCGUGGAUGCGACUGAAUAUGAUUAUGUGCGAAGCCACAUAUAUAUACACGGAUACUUCUUAUAAUUAAAUAUUUCACGCAUGAGGACUCCGACCUUUCUUUUUUCUUUCGCUUUCUUAAUGUCAUGUGCUAGGCAAACGUAUAAUUUAUUUUUGCUCUAUAGCAACAAUAAGCCGCGUAUAGAUUAACCAGCUUUGGCUGUCCUAUGAUAUUAUUUUGAUAAAUAUCCACAAAAGGUUUCCAUCCUGAAAAAAUAUAUCUCAAAAGCAAAGUGAUCGAUGAGAUGUUAUCUCUUAUGGAUAUUUACCAUUACUUUAUAUUUAUACGAUGCUUUCUUUACAAUAUUUUGCCUUCAUAAGUCGUAUCACAUAGAGAGAAUAGAAUUUUAACAGGAUGCAUCUGAUACCUAUGUGCAAUUAAAGAGCCAAAGAUCAAAAAAAUUUACAAACAAGACACUAUAACGCGAUAGCAAUGCGAUGAAUUUGUUACAAAGCUUUAAGAUGUUAAGUUUGAUGACUUUGCGUUGUAAAAAAUGAUAUGCUAAAGUUAGUAUCAGUCAGAAAAAA